AUGGAAGAAUUAUCUUGGGACGCAAGAAAAUCAAUAGUAUCAUCAUGGUCACUAAUCGGAUCCUACAAUACCAUCACAUCAAUCAGCUUAGUUUAUCUCUGGCUGGUCUAUCAUUUUCUGCCAAAUUUCAUGAGCAACCGAAAACCCUACAAAUUAACAUUUAUCAUUCGAUGCUAUAACAUCGCUCAAACAGCAGCCUGUUUAUAUUUUCUUUGGCGAGCUCAUUCUGUUGGAUUUAGCUUUAGAAAUACAUGGAAGUGUAUAGGCACUGAUGGACCAUUGACAAAGGAACUGAUGGAAUUGAAUUUUAUACAAUAUAAUUUUAUAGUUUUGAGAAUAAUCGAGUAUAUUGAGACAAUUUUCUUCUGUUUAAGGAAGAAAUUUGAACAAGCUUCAUUUCUUCAUGUCUAUCAUCACAUCAGUACUGUAUUUAUACUCAUAUUGUUCUUAAGGCUUAGUGGUGGAAUGAUGGAAACUUUCUUUGGUAUGAUAAAUAUGGUCGUUCACUUCAUCAUGUAUGGAUACUACUUUUUAAGUUCCUUCAAUCAAUUCAGGAAAUUUACAAACAUCAUUAAGCCAUUCUUAACAAUCAUUCAAAUAACACAGCUGACAAUAAUUCUUGGUCAUUGUAUAGCAGCUGUUCUUCCUGGCUGUAGCACUAUUCAUUGGCUUUUUUAUUUGGCUAUUUUUAAUGUAAUUAUGUUGCUGUCACUGUUUGGACAUUUCUAUGUUAAGAGCUUUAUUAAAAGGAAAAAUAAUUAA